UUUUUUUUUUUUUUCCCUUUCCCCCCCAAAAAUCCACGACAAUUACAACUUCCUCGUCCUCAACUCAGAAAAAGCCAUUUUUUCCAGGACUCGACAAGUUUCCUCUUCCCCACACAAUGGCGACCGAAAUGGAGGCUGCCCCUGUACUGUCAACCCCCGAUAAUCGCAUCCUCGAGGAAACCGCCCCCGUCGCUACACGCGAGUCGAACCGCACCUUGUCGGACGAGGAGCUAUCCAUCACCUAUGACAUUGAGCGCACAUUGAAGGAGAUCCGCGAGGCUCGGUACAAGCGGAUUGCUCUGCAGUUUCCGGAUGACAUGCUCCCGGAUGCUCCUCGGGUGUUUCAACUGCUUAGUCGAGGGUUGGAUAGACAGAGCGUGGCCAACAACAACCCCGCUUUGAGCAAUGGGAAUGGCACCACCGCGGAUCAUGCAGACCAGUUGGCUCAUUCGGUGUCUCAAAUAAAUGUGGAGGAUGCUACGGAACAGCCGCCCAGAUUGUAUAUCCUGGGUGAUACUUCCUACGGGACAUGUUGUGUCGAUGAAGUGGCUGCGGAACAUGUAGACGCAGAUGUCGUUGUGCAUUAUGGACGAUCAUGCCUAUCCCCGGCGGCCAGGUUGCCGGUGAUUUAUGUCUUUACGCACAAAGAACUGCCCCUAGACCCCGUGGUCCGGGCUUUCAAGGAGACCUAUCCCGACCUAGCUACAAAGGUCAUCGUUGCUGCCGAUGUUACCUACUCGGACCAUGUCCCCGGGGUGUAUGCUCGUUUGGUAGAGGAAGGGUACACAAAUCUGUUUGCCACGGAGCUGGUCCAUGAGCCCUCGUCUGCCAUUCCCAAUCGGACUGUGCCCGACUCGGUACGCGAUCAACCAGAGUCACUAUCGGAAUGGCAGUUGUUCCACAUCUCGGAUCCCCCGACUGCCUUGCUUCUCACCCUUUCAUCUCGCGUUGCUGACAUCAAGAUUUACCCAACGGAUGAUCCGAUGAAUGAAAAUGUCAAGCCGCUACCCGCGUCAACUGCGGCCGCGUUGCGUCGGCGGUACGCCAUCUUGACCCGUCUCAGUACCGUUCCGAUCUUCGGAAUCCUUAUCAACACGCUAAGUGUGAAAAAUUACCUGCAUAUAGUGGAACAUGUCAAAGAAAUGAUUGCCGCGGCCGGUAAGAAGAGUUACAUGUUUGUGGUCGGAAAGGUGAACGCCGCCAAGCUUGCCAAUUUCAGCGAGAUUGGUGGCUGGGUGGUCAUUGGAUGCUGGGAAAGUUCGUUGGUGGACAGCAAAGAAUUCUGGAAACCGGUGAUCACCCCAUUUGAGUUGGAGCUUGCGCUGAAGAGGGAUGAUGAGCGGGUCUGGACGGGUGCCUGGCAAAGUGAUUUCCAAAGCAUCCUCGACCGACCUGCCCAGCAGGGCUCAUCGGCCGAUAAUGAUGAGGAACCCAAGGAGGAGGAGGAUGAGGACGGCAUGUCCGAGCCCGAGUCCGCACCACCUGAAUUUGAUCUCCGUACCGGCCGCUAUGUCUCGCACACCCGACCGAUGUGGAAUGCUGCACCCCGCGUUUCUUCCCAGGGCGAUGAUGCAGUCUCUGCUGCUAGUGGACCAUCGGCUGCCCGGGCUCUGGCUAGACGGACUAAAGGAGAUCUGGCGAUGAUCGGCGGCACUGUAUCCCCAGGGGCGGAAUUUCUACGAUCGCAGCGGACGUGGAAGGGACUGGGUAGUGACUUUGAUAUUCGAUACGAUGAAGAUGAUGAGGAGGCUCCUGACAGCACGCGAAUAGUGGAAGGGCGCAAGGGCAUUGCAAGGGGAUACACGGUGGGCGAUUCGAUAGAGAAACACUAAACUUCUCCCUACAACAGGAGCACAGGGCUAUUUAAAAAAGAACCACACACACAUUACCCCAUCCGUCCAUUCCCAUCACCUCAUAAUCUGCCGGAAGCGUAAACUACUAGUCUAGUGUCUACCCUAUUGGUGCUACAUCCAUAGAGCAGGGCAAAGGAAAAAAAAAAAGUCAGUAUCCCAACACCGUCCGCGGGAUCUGUAAGGUCGAUUUGAAGCGAUCAAAGGGGAGAUACAAAACCAGAAAAGAACAGAAUCCAGAUCAAUAAUCGCACUAGAGACUUCGCUAGACAGAAUAAUGAUAAUGAACUAAAGAAAAACCUUUGGACGGCACCAACACAAUGCAAAAAACACCGUUGGGGCGACCUAUCACAUGACGCAACGGGUCAGAUCCUUCUCUUGCCUUUUCCAUUCCUGCUCU